UACGAUGACAAUCAUCAGCACGGACGGCGAGUGUGGUUAAUGUGAAAUGAAUGAAUGAGAGAUAAUGGGGCUCAUCAUGAUAUGGCUCGACAGUCGUUUCCGAAAGCGGUCAUCAUAAACAAAAUGUGAUACUUGCACAUUGUAUCAUACAAAUUACAAGUUUUCAGUCAUCGUUUGUUGUGCGAGCGCCAAUACUGUGGAAUGCUGAAGAGUGAAGGAGACAUAUUGUGUGUGUCAUUUUGCUCUAUGGUGUCAUCAUCACAUAACAUACACUUUCCUGUCUAUCAAUAUCAAUCAGGACAGCAAUGGACAGAAAUCGCUCUCCUCUCCAUCACCAGGGCGGGGAGUACGGAACCUGUGACAGCAACGAUGUAGAUGUCUGCAUGGAGAUUUACGAACUCUACGAAGACCUCGUCGAGCUGGCCAAGGAGUCCCUGAAAACGCGUCGCGGUCGGGAUGCUCUCGAGAGCAAAAUACGGGGGAAGGAUGUCGGUAAAUUUCUGUCAGACAACGGUGACGUGAAGAGAGUGCCGAUCAAAACACUGGUCAAGAUCAGAAAUCAGGAUAAUUGGAUUGAGACAGAUGUUGUUGAUGCUGUCAACGGCAGCCGGAGGAAGAGGAGACCCUUUGCCAAGUCUCAGAAAUCUGGGACAGUUAUGGGGAGCACGAAUAAGAUUGGAGCUGAGCAAGAUGCAGAAAGAGAGGUGUGUUGGGACAUUCAUCGUCGUGGUUAUUCAGGAGAGACGUUGCUUCAUAUAUGCUUCAUGAGUCCCGUAAACGGAGACAUCAACUUUGACAUCGCUAAGCUACUCAUCAGGGCAUGGCCUAAGAUGAUUAAUGACUUCAUCCUCGGAUGCGAGAAUUAUGGCGAAACCUGUCUACACAAAGCCAUUGUCAGUGAGAACUUUGGUAUGGUCAAGUUUCUGAUUGAGAAUGGAGCCGAUUUGAAUGUCCGAUGUUACGGCCGAUUCUUCCGACCGGAUGACCAGAAAGCUUGGUGUAUAGACUCACUGGACCAUGAACCAUUUAACCUGUACAGUAAUACCAACUAUGAAGGGUUGACGUACUGGGGAGAGACUCCACUGACAUUUGCAGCUUGUCUGGAUCUGGAUCAUGUUUUCCGCUCUCUCUGGGUUAAAGGCGCUGAUAUUAACGCCCAAGACACCAACGGUAACACUGUUCUUCAUAUGAUGGUUCUACACGAUAAAAAGGAUAUGUUCACCUUGGCUUAUGAGUUUGGCGGCAACUGUACCAUCAAGAAUAACCAAGGCUUUACACCAUUGUCCCUGGCUGCCAAGCUACACAGGGUAGACCUGUUCCAGCACAUUCUCUUCUUGGAGAGGCAACUCUCCUGGAAGUACGGCAACGUUACCUGUGCUUCGUACGCUCUUGAUGGUCUGGAUAGCAUCGAUUAUGACGGUGGAGUAAACGAUAAGUCAUCACUACAUCUCAUCGUAAACCAGACAAGCAAAGAGCAUUUACAGAUGCUGAAAGGUGUUAUCUACAAGAUGCUUGAUGAGAAAUGGAAGACGUUUGGCCGGUUUAACUUCUUCGCUCGGCUGGCCUCAUUCCUUCUCUACUUGUCUAUUCUAACCACUGCCUUCUAUCUACGACCAGGAAAGGAUAACAAAGUUUCCGAAGCAUCAGUCAACGGAACAGAGAGCCUUUUCGCUACAGCAGAGACACCAAAUUCUUGCUACUUGCUCUACACAGAUACACCUACUGACAAGGCUCGUUUAGUUUUUGAAGUUUUGAGUCUGUCUGGAGCUCUGUUUUAUCUCUUCUUUGCCUCCAAGGAAGUGUAUCAUUUAGGCAAAUGGUCCUUCUUGAGACUCAUGGUGUAUGCUCCAGCAAAGGCAAUUUUCAUCUUAUCGUGUUGCUUCGUUGUCUUGGCAUGCUUCGGACGUAUCCCGCCAUGUAACCCUUACUAUGAAGACAUCUUCGUCACUUUUGCCAUUCUCACUGCCUGUCCCUACUCACUGUUUUUCUUGAGAGCCUUGAAGUUGGUGGGUCCAUUCAUCUUCAUGAUUUACAAGAUGAUCCACGGUGACCUUCUAAAGUUUCUUGCCAUUUAUCUCAUCUUCCUCUUCGGUUUCUCUCAAGCUAUGCAUAUUGUAUUCCUUGGAUACCACGGCGAGUUUGAAAUCUUAGACUCCAUAGUCGGCAUGUUUGUUAUGUCACUGGGCGAAUUUGGUGAUAUCUAUGCAACAUUUGAUGAAACAAGAUACCCAACGAUGGGCAAGUUUUUGUUCUGUGUGUAUAUGGUACUGGUUGCCCUGCUGUUGGUCAAUCUACUGAUUGCUAUGAUGGGAAGUACCUUCAGUACUAUAGCGGAGACGGAGAAUGAAUGGCAGAGACAGUGGGCUAAGAUUGUGUUGAUCUUAGAGCAGUCAUUGUCACCGGCUGUGAGGGUUAGCAUACAACAUAAAUACUCUACGCCUGUGUGGGACGGACGGCAGGACCGCGCUAUGAUUAUACAGACUGAAAAUGAGGAUCACGAUGAUGCAGUUAUUCAGAAAUCGAAGCAUCGACACAACGUCAACAGUAAACGAGAAUUUGUUGAUGGUCAAUGGAGAACAUUAUGAAGGUAGACCUCCAAGUGUAGGCUAUGGAUUACAGGAACGUUACAGAAUUGGUCAGACACAAAAUCGUGAAGAUCACAGAUUUUCAUCAAACUUACACGGUCUAA